CGUCUCAAUGACUUAACCUCCAGAUGCAACUUACUUAUUUAUGACGUAAACGAGGUAAUUCACGCAGGGAGAUCUUUUUACGUUGCUCUCGCUUGAAUUGCUAUCAUUGCAGUGUGUGAAGCAAAAGCUUUUGUUAUUUUUUUAUUUAUUUGUUAAAUCAGGUUCCGUUCGUUCACGCAGCCGGUGCCGAAGUGACGGCAGUGAAUGACAGAAGCCAAUCGUGCAAUUACGUUUAAUAGUGCGCCUAAACGAAAUGACGAAAACAUUGCUGCUUAACAUUUCGCAUUAAUCAAUUACUUACCAAUACAUUGCAGUCAAAUCAUUAAAUAUUUAUCAUGUCGGUACCAAAAUAUCGCGUAACACCGUUACUACCCGAUCAACAUGAAUUUGUUGUCCCGAAAAAGUGUAUUAAGGUACCAGCCGACAUAGCAGCCUGGGAAAAAUCGGAGGCGUAUUUUGAAUACUUGGGAUUCAUCUUGGCAUUGAACGGAGCUGUUCAAGGAAAAGCUUUGGAUGCGGAGUGUCCACAGUCUGAUAUAGUGAACAGUGUUGUACAAAUGCUAAACAAAUUUGAUGAGUGGAUAACAGAAAUCCCACCCACUGAACAGCCCCAACGAUUUGGUAAUAAAUCAUUUCGCAUAUGGCAUGAAAGGCUACAACAGAACGCAGUGGAGGAAUUGAAACGAGUGUUGCCGGAGGGGUUGCAUCGCGCGAUCCUGGAAAUAGUUCAGUAUUUGUAUGAAAGCUUUGGCAAUCCAACUCGUAUAGACUAUGGGACGGGUCACGAAAUGGCUUUCCUCAUGUUCCUUUGCUGCAUAUUCAAGAUAGGUGCAUUUAAACAGGACGAUGAAGUUGCUGUUGUAACGAAAGUGUUUAAUAGGUACCUUGAGCUGGUGCGUAGACUUCAAUUGACUUAUCGCAUGGAGCCAGCAGGUAGUCACGGUGUUUGGAGUCUGGACGAUUACCAGUUUGUACCUUUCAUAUGGGGAAGUGCUCAACUGAUUGGACAUCCUCGAAUAGAACCCCGUCACUUUGUGGAUCCAGGCGUUAUAGAAUCUUACAGCAAGAAAUUCGUGUUCCUUGGCUGCAUCGAUUUCAUCUCGAAGGUGAAAAUAGGGCCUUUCGCCGAGCAUUCAAAUCAAUUGUGGAACGUUAGCGCGGUAUCUACAUGGUCGAAAGUGAACAGUGGUCUUAUUAAAAUGUACAAAGUCGAGGUGUUGGCAAAGUUUCCUGUUAUCCAGCACGUCUUCUUCGGCUCUCUGCUACCAUUAAAACCAAUGAACGCUCCCCCUAACAGCAGAGAAGCUCGUCCUGAUAAGCGACCGCAAACAUCGUCGCAAUAAGAAGAAGAUUAUAUGCAUACCGAAUAUCUUUGUUACACUGUGGAUCGUUUACCAUAUUUCCCAGUAUUUAUAAUAAAACAGUACAUUAUUGUAUGAU